AUGAAGCACAAAAGGUUCGAAGAGAACAUCUUAGUUGAUGAAGCUUACACAAAUUACGGCCAACCUGACAAAAAUGCCGAUACAAAGAAAGGACAGGGUAUUGCUAAGCAUUUUGCUGAAACCCUGGAAUAUGAGGAUAAAAAGAAGUGGUAUCAUCAGAUGCCAGAAGAACCACCAAUAUCAAAGAAAUUAACACAGGAUCAAAUUGAGGAGAUGAGGAAAGAGGCCAGCAGUGCUCUGCAUGGUGACACUAUGGCUUAUGAGACAAAGGCAAACAGAAGCGGCUCGUCAGAUCAUCAGUGGGCGCGCACACUCCUGAACAAAGGUGCCAUAGGAGACAGAGUGGCAGCUGCCACUAUAUUGAUUCAGGAUAACCCUAUUUACAACUUGACGGCGCUACGGAACAUGAUCAACAAUGUGAAACCAGCUAAAAAGAAGGAUGGAAUCAUUAUCAUUGAUGCGCUAUCAGAGCUACUAAUAUCCGAGUUACUCAUCCCGGACAUGAAGCUGCGUACAUUCGAGCAGCAUCCCCUGGGCCACGUGGACGAGAUGACGUCCGGCAACAAGCAGGCGCGACGGAACAUACUGAAGCUGUGGUACUUCGAGGAUCAGCUCAAGGAGUUGUAUGGGAGCUAUGUGGAAGCUCUGAACAAAUUCGCCCACGACUCGGUGGAGGCGAACAAAGAGAAGGCGGUCAGCGCCAUGUCUUACCUGCUGAUGCACCAUCCGGAGAGGGAAAAGAUGCUGUUAACAAAUAUAAUCAAUAAGCUUGGAGACCCGUCGCAGUCGGUCGCGUCAAAGGUGAUCUACCAUCUCUGCCAGCUCCUGUUUAACCAUCCUAACAUGAAGGCCGUGGUGCUGGCUGAUAUUGAGAAGAUGUUGUUCAGAACCAACAUCUCCCCCCGCGCUCAGUACUACGGCGUGUGUUUCCUGAACCAGUUCUACCUCGGCAAAGACGACUCCAAGAUCGCUGAGAACCUCAUCAGGAUCUACUUCUCCUUCUUCAAGGCUUCUAUCAAGAAGGGUGAGAUAGACUCCCGCCUGAUGUCGGCGAUCCUGACGGGCGUGAAGCGCGCGUACCCGUUCGCGGACAAGGAGCGCAUGUCUGCGAGCGCGGCGCACGUGGGGCACGUGCACCGCCUCGUGCACCUCGCCGGCAUCAACGUCGCCAUACAUGCGCUCGCGCUGCUCUUCCAUAUAUCGGACGCGUCCAACGGCACUGCUGAUCGCUACUACACCGCCCUCUACCGCAAGCUGACAAACGCAGAAAUAUUCAACACAACACAUUCGGCGCUUCUCUUCUCGCUCAUAUACAAGUCAUUAAAGCAGGACAAGAAUAUACCUCGAGUGACGUCAUUUAUCAAGCGAUUGCUACAGUUAUGUUGUUACAUGACUCCUGCGCAGGGGUGUGGGAUGCUGUUCCUCAUUUCGCAGGUCUUGAAGGAUGGAGAGAAGAAGGAGGCUGUUAAAUUGGUCUGGACUAAGAGGGAGAUUAAGGAGGAAAUAAAAGAAGAAGUACCAGAAAUAGAAGAUAUUUUGGAUGACAGUGCAGAAUAUACGGUGACAGAAGUAAACACGACGCUCAAUGACACGGCCGAUGAUGAGGUCAAAGUAGAACAGAAGAAAGUUGAUCUGCUAAGGGGUGACAAGAAAGAUCUGUUGGAUGAUGACGAAGAAGAAUCAUACGUGGAUCUCAAAAUUGAUGACCAAGGUAACAUAAGGCCUAAGAAACGCAAGCAUGGGUCUGUCAUACCCGGCUGGUAUCACGCCAAGGUGAAGUCAGAGGUCCCGGAGGUGAAGAAGGAUGAGGAACUGGAGAAGGAUGUCGCUAAUAUACAGCUGAAGAAGACUGUUAAUAUGGAUAAGGAUAUUACGGACUACAACCCGUUGGCUCGUAAUCCGUCCUUCGCGGGUGCUCAAUGCUCCGCCUACGUGGAACUCGUGGCCCUGGCCAGGCACUUCCACCCCACUGUCAAACUGUUCGCUGAGAAAUUACUGCGAGAACAAAUAAUCCAAUACAGCGGCGACCCACUCAAAGAUUUCGCUGGUAUUAGGUUCUUGGACCGUUUUGUGUUCAAAAACCCUAAGAAACGAGCUGAGACGCAACUGGACGAUGGUGUCAAGAAAGUAAAGGGGUCUCACCCUAAGUUCGCUAUCAGGAAGAAUUAUACUGCUAAAGGUCUAAAGAGUAUACCAGUGAACUCAGCGUCGUACCUCAACGAAGAUGCCAGUAAAGUACCCGUGGAUGAGAGAUUCUUAUAUGAUUUCCUACAGAAGCGUCGCAAUGCGGCAGAUGACUCGGAUGACGAUGACAGUGAUGCUGACUCCGUGAACAGCGAGGACUUCGAGCAGUAUCUCGACAGCGUCACCGGAGCUAAGGCACUAGCGGAAUCAGACGACGAACUAGACUACCUAGCAGACAUGGCGGCUACGAAACAGAAGCGUGGCAAUAAGAAGCAGGACGACGAUGAUGACCACCAGCUCGGCAGUGAUGAUGAUGAUGAUGAUGAUGAAGAGGGUGGUGAUGAAGGAGCUGUUGGUGGUGAUGAGGACGACGAGGAUGGAGAUAGCGACGGAGAAUUGAAUAUCUCAGGAGAUGAGGACGAACCAGCGCUCUCUGGAGAGGAAGAUGAACUUCUGCUUGAAGACAGCGACGAUGAUGAUGACAAAAUCGAUGUUCCUGGCACUAAAUCAAAGAAAGGAAAAGGCAAAUUUAAACUAAAAGGUGGCGACGACCUUGGCUCUCUAUUCGCGUCAGCUGAAGAAUUCUCAACAUUACUAGAAGAAACAGCAGCUAACAAAAAGCAGGGGUCAAGCCAAGCAGUAGCCAACACAGAUAACGCAAGCACCAAACAAUUAGCCUGGGAAGAUAACAGGGCCCAGUGGAUCAAAGGAUACAACAGAAAAAUAUUAGGAAACAAAUCAAGUAAUAAAAAAUUCAAAAACAAAAAAGGCAACUUCAGUAAAUCUGACAGUAAGAACAAACCUAACAAAAAAGGUUUUAACAAAAUGGCGGAUAAAGGCGGGAAGAGAAAAGGCGCGAAAGUCAAUGGUCCCGGCGGUAAAAAGAAGAAAAUGAAAUGA